AUGUUCAAUAGCAUCUUCGUGACAUUUAUUAUCCUAAUCAAUAGCAAAGAUGUUUUUGGAUUAUGGAAUCCCUAUAAUCCUGAAUGUGGACGUUACGGUUUUGUUUGUGAAGGAGUUUCGAAAGUUAGAUUAUGCGACGGGGACAAGUUACUGGGACCGUCUUUCCUUUGUCCCGCUAACACAGUAUGUAAUGAAGAGUCUACUGAUCUCUGUGAGGACACUAUAAGCAAUAUAGAUUCUUCCAUUACAAAGAAUGUUCGAUGCCAUCGCAGUGAAAGAAUUGCAGAUCCAACCGUCCCUGACUGCAAAGGCUACAUCUUAUGUAUUCCUAACAAAAAACGCUUUCAAGGCAUCAAAUUUAAAUGUACUGGAAACACAAUUUUUAACGGAUACACUCGUGCUUGUACCUCUCCCGAACAAUACAAGUGCCCACUUGUUAAUACUGCCAAAACCAAGCCACAAUUUUACGAAGACAAUAAACAAAUAAAUUCUAAUCGUAAUAACUUUCAAACUUCGAAUGGUCCGGGUCACAAAUCUAUAGAUUGUAAAAACUACAAGUUCACAGUAACGCAAGACGAUAGCCCCUCACGCGCAACAUUCUUCUGCCCUUCGAAAUCAACAAGAGGUGGAAGCUCACUUUAUUGCACUGUAUUUUCAAACAAUUUUUGUGUAACGUUAGAAAGAGAUAUGGAAGACCAAUUUAUGCAAAGCACGGGCACAGCAUUUCGAAGACCUCGACAACAUUUUUUGAAAUCUUAAAAUACAUAAAAAUUUAAAGCAUGA